GUGAUUCUGAUUGUGAACUAACACAACCAUGUUGAAGAAAAACCGUCGUUGGCCGUCGGUUGAUUUUCUCUCACAAAAUAUUUCAAAACAUUUGCCCCAAAUUCAAUUCCAGCCUCCAACUUAUCCAAUUUCCUUUUUCUCCCCAAAACUUUUCACAAAUUUCCUUUUCCGGACACAAUUCAUUUCCAUUUCAGAUUCCUACCUCGCAAGCUUCUUAUUCAUUUAUUUUAUUUAUUUUUUAUUUUUGGGGUUCGGUGGAUUAAAAGCUUCCCGAGCACUCUUCUUCUUCUCCAUUUUGCAUGGAAGUUCUGCACUCUCCGCUCCAUUUGAAUUCCAGAGCCGAAAGGUUCACCGUUCCUUCACUUUUUGGGGCGUAAAAGAGAAGACAUUGAAGCCAUGUUUCACUCACACUGCCUUCUCUCGAGGAAAGGCCCAUUAGGCGCCAUUUGGGUCGCUGCUUACUGCUUCAAAAAGCUCAAGAAAUCUCAUGUUAUGGAGACUGAUAUCCCCUCCUCUGUAGAUAAAAUUUUGCGAGAUGAACUGAAUGCUGUGACAUAUAGAGUAAUGGCCUACCUUGUCCUUGGCCUUGCCCGGAUAUACUCCAAAAAAGUUGAAUAUCUGUAUAUUGACUGCAAUGGAGUGCUGACAGAAAUCAACGAAUUUGUGGUCAAUACAAAGGAAGACACGAGAAAGGAAACUUUGCGAACACCUUACUAUGCUAUUACCAUUCCUAAAAGAUUUGAACUUGAUGCGUUUGAUCUGGGGAUUCUCGAGGAUGUUACUGGAAGUAAUGUGGCAUCCCAUGAAGAGAUUACCCUUAAAGAUAAUGUGUGGAAAAAUGAUGUCAUGCUGUCAUUUGAUGAGAACCAUCGCAAGGAAAUCAUUGCACUUCACAGUAUUUGCUUUUCUGAUGAUACAGAUGUCUUUUCACUUCACCUCAAGGACAUUGAGAUGCAGGCAAGCACAUCACAUUACCACAUUAUGCCAGAAAAUUCUCAAGUGAGUACAUUCUCUCGAGUAAAGUACGAGGUUGGGGUAUCCACUGGAAUUGAUAGUGCACAUCUAAAAGCAAUCAAACUAUUUGAUGAAGAUCAUCAAUCUGAUGAAGGAGAUCUAUUGAAGGAGAAAAUGCAGCAAUAUGAAGAUGUAGUCCCUGAAUCAAGCACUGAAAUGUUUUUGGCUGAUGGGUUUUCUUAUGAAGAAAAUGUAAUUGUCAAGGCAAUUUCUAUUAUAGAGGAAGAACAUUCAGAGCAUGUGAAAUCAUCUGAUGAAGAUCAUCUGAGUGAGGGAAUCUAUAGGGAACAAGAUCGAUCAGAAAAUGAACUUGAGUUCAUGAAUGAAGACCAUAUUAUCUGCAACUCAGAAAGAAGCAUGGAGAACCUUAGAGAUAAUACUAUAACUCUAGUGGAUAGCAUGGAUAUUGAUAUGUCUUGUGGCGUGCAAAAUGAACCUAAAAAUCUUAUUGAAAUGGAUAGUGAAGGGCAUGAUUUGGAAAUUCUUGAAAUGAAAUCACCAGAAAUGGAAGACCAUGAUGAUGUUAGAAACAAUCUUCAACUAUCUAUUUCAGUUGAUGGAAUUUCUGAUCCCAAAUUUCCAGAUUUUGCAGGUAUCAAGACACCUGAGUUUACAACAAUUUCGACACCAGCUAACAAGGAGAGACCUAGGGCAACAAGGAAAAGAAAAUGCAUUGUCGAUGAUAAUAUAGUUUUGUCUAAUGAGACACUUAAGCAAAGCAUAUAUGAUGCAAGUGACUUGGUUUCAAAAAGAAGAAAAUGUCCUCAUAGUGCUCUUACUGCCUGGAAAGCUAGUCAAAUUUCUAAUCUCUCCUUUGGUUUCUCGGUGCCUUUGAUGUCCUGUGUUUCGUCAGAUCUUAGGUCCCUUCUUUCUGAGACCAGAGUGAAUAUAUCACAAUCUGCUGAAAUGUUGAAAUCUCCUGAAAACUUGGAUGCUCCAAGUUCCCCGGUUCUUCACAUGCUAGUAAAAAUAGAUAGCCCUGUAACAAUUUUAAAAAAUGGAGAACAUUCAAAUGCACCGGAGAUAUCUGGAUCUAUAACUACCAACAGGUCGGAGCAAACUAUGACUUGUGUAGACAGAGUUUCUGAAUCUUCUGUCCUGGAACAGUUGUCCACAUCAGAACCUCAAACUUCAGGUAGACUUGAGCAAAUAUCAGUGGCACCUGGAACACCUCAAACUUCAGGUAGACUUGAGCAAAUAUCAAUCGCACCCGGAACACCUCAAACUUCAGGUAGGCUUGAGCAGAUAUCAAUAGCACCCGGAACACCUGUUCGGUGCCCAACAUCAGCUAGAUCAUUUGGGAGUCCAGAGAGUCCUAAAGUUCCUAACUCGAAUGCUAUAAGGUUUUGUGAAGCGGAUGAGAUAGAAUCUGAUGGAUGGUCUGGGAGAACCAGAAUGGUAGCCGAAUAUCUUCUCCAAAAUUUUACAAGUAGAAGGGUGGAAAGUGUGGAAAAGGUUGUAAAUUUAUCACACCUUCUUAGAGAAAAGACUAGAAAAGAGAGUUCAAGUGUAUUCUACGAGAUAUUGGUACUGAAAACGAAAGACUGCGUGGAUGUGAAACAGGAUCAUGCCUACGGUGACAUCUUAGUAUGGAAAUUGCCAAACUGGGGCACAGCUUUUGGAACUGGUUUGUCCAUCGCGCAUGACGACUCCGUGUGAAGUUUUUAGGGUAGAAGUGGAAUUUCCUGUAUAUGUUUCAUGUUAAAAGAAGUUAUGGCUAAUUUUGAUGUAGUAAUUUCCUUGGGUUAACAGUGUGUAGGUGUUUUAGGUGGUGUUAAAAGCCUGAGGCUAAUUUUGAUGUACAGUAACAAGUUAACAGCCUUUGUAGGUGCUCUAGGUGGUAACCUUUAGUCAGUAAGAUAUAUAUGUAUUGAGCUCUGAUCUAAAUAAAGUGAUCUUUUUUUAUGCUUC